AACUAUAACUAUAAAUAUUAUUUGUUAUUAAUAUUAAUAUUUGACCCUCGAUGAAACGGGUUAAACGUGGCAACAGCGCGUUUAUGGCUUCAAGGUUGAUAGCAAUGCACUUUUGACAUUGCAAGCUAACUUCUGUUUAGUCCUGCAUCGCAAUGUCAAAAGCCACAAAAAUGUAUCGGUGGAAAGGAAAAAUAAUUAGCGAAAGUAUGUAUCAAAAGAGACUUGCGCAACAAAGAUGUGGACUUUUAAGAAGAAAAGAUCAAAUUGUGGAAGAAGAAAAAACUGAGCCCACCAUGGAGGAAAAUGUGAGCUGAUUGCGACGUUGCCGCACUUCUAUAGUCCAGUAAUUGACAUAUUACAGAAACCACAAAAUUAUCAUGAAUAAUAAUUAAUUUCUCCUAAACCGUGUUGUGAAACCUAAUCGAAUUUUGCACAAAGUUCCAAUAAUCCACGGUCUAUAUGUAUAAACAAAAUUAAAAUUUUGGUACUAUUUUUUCUAUACUUUAUUACUCAUUUCAUUCAAGAAAAUUGCGUUUCCCAUAAGAACACGUGUAAAAUCAGACAUAAUUGAAAUAAUAAUUACUCUCUAACGAUUUAGUAAAUCUACUUAAAAUUUUUUUCAGUAUAUUACAGAUAACAAAGGAAGUGUUUCCCGAAGUUUCAUCAAUUUGGUACUAUUUUGAAAUAGCUCAGAUACAUCCUUAAUUGCGUUCGUCUACAAUUGUCUACGAAAGUCUACAAUUUACGUAACGCAAACUCCCAGUGUGGGAGAAAACGAGAACGCAGGCAGCGCCGACGUCGAUGCGUCAUCGUUUCGGCGAAUCAUUUCUCAGCCGGGCACCAGUCGCGCCCCCGCGUACCGCGGCCAGUGUCCGCGCCUGGCCGGCGGAGACGUACUGCCCAGGCGGAGAACAUCGGGUGGCGCCCCCGCCGAGAUGCGUGCCCACCCAGCAAGAUGGCUCCUCUACGGGGCGACACUCGGUGUUUGACGUGAAGUUAUUUACACACCUGGGAUCCCGCGGCCGCUCUCACGGGCGAGACGUGUGUGCCAGCCGUGUCGCCGCGUCGAUGCGUCGCGGUGCCGCGCGUGCCCUAGUGCCAGAGCGCCGUCCCGCGCUCGCGGUCACGCGUCAAACGCAGCGUAACGUCACGCCGUAACGUCAAACGCCGUGCCGUGCCGUGUCGUGCCGUGCAAGUGCCGUGUCGUGCCGCGGGCCGCGCGGAGCCGAGCCGAGCGGAGCGCAGCGGAGCCGAGGAACCAGGCGGAGAACGAGACGUCGGCGACAACGACGACGUCGACGACGGGGCGACCACGCGCCCGCACGGCCGGGUUCCGGUGACGGCGGACCGAGUCAGCGCCCCCCUCGACGAGACAGCCCCCGCGCGCUUCCCCCUUAUUACUCAGAUACACAGUGCCAUUCCAAAGAACCAUUGCUCACAGCUGUGCUAAACUAUAAACGCUAUGCUUAACGAUAGAUAGUGUUUAAGGGUUUCCAAGCUCUGUGUUAUUUAUAUUUAACGACGUAACUCGUAAUAUUAAUCGCAUCUCUCUACCGUAACAGCUUCACGCUAGAGUAGAGAUAAUCGUACGGAUGAGAAAUCUGAGAAGGAUCAGUCGCGUUUGUACAUAAGGAUUCGUUGAAACAAGCAAGCGAAUUGUGAUUCAGAUCGUUUUAGAGACGUUACCAAAGGGAGCUUGAACCAAUUUUCUACGCAAAGCUCUAGAGGGGUAGAAUAUGACCAAAGGUGUAAAGAGAAAUCCUGUAUCGGUAGAAAACUUUUUCGGUGGCAUUUCGGCUAUGUCUUGAGCAACGCUUCAGAAGGGAAGAAAGACGGGAAACGUUUAUUUUGACAUUUGUACCACGAGCGGUAACGUGACUGCUAAACAUGGCGAGGAAAAGUGACAAUGCGAAGAGCAUCAACAUCGCGGUGGUCGGGCUCUCCGGCACGGAGAAGGACAAGGGGCAGGUCGGCGUCGGCAAGUCGUGCCUGUGCAACCGCUUCAUGCGCUCCAUGAGCGACGACUACAACGUGGAGCACAUUUCGGUGCUGUCGCAGUCCGACUUCAGCGGGCGCGUGGUGAACAAUGACCACUUCCUGUACUGGGGCGAGGUGAUGAAAACGGCGGAGGACGGGACGGAGUUUCAGUUUCAAAUCAUCGAGCACACGGAAUUUAUAGACGACGCGUCGUUCCAGCCGUUCAAGGGCGGUAAGAUGGAGCCGUACGCCAAGAGGUGCGCGGCCACGAAGAUCACCAGCGCGGAGAAGCUCAUGUACAUCUGUAAGAAUCAGCUGGGCAUAGAGAAGGAAUACGAGCAGAAGGUCCUGCCUGACGGUAAAUUGAACAUCGACGGGUUCCUCUGCGUGUUCGACGUGAGCCUCGUGCCGAACAGGGCGAUAGAGAAGCAGGUCGAGAUCGUGGCGAAUAUCCUCAACAAUUUGAUGAAGACGAAGAAGCCGAUAGUGUUGGUGACGACCAAGAACGACGACGCGAACGAGCAGUUCGUGAAGGAGGUCGAGAAGCUGAUAAUGCGCAAGGAGUACAAGGGGUCGAUUUUGAUCGUCGAGACCUCGGCGCACGAGAACAUCAACGUGGACCUCGCGUUCAUGAUCCUGGCGCAGCUCAUCGACAAGACGAAGAUGCGCAGCAAGGUGGUGCCGUUCGCCGAGGCGGCCAGGGCCAGGAAGGAGCUCCUGGACGCGUCGACGGAGUCGUUGCAGAGAUUGAUCCGGAUACACGUGACCGAUUAUCGCGCCCUGUGGUCGCAGGCCUCGAAGAAACUCGCGCAGCUCAAGGAGUUCUCCACCUUCGUCGAGUUGUUCGGUAUCGAGGCGACGCAGAGAUUGUUCAGAAGGCACAUUAAGAAGCUGAAGGACGAGCAGAUAGCGAAGAAAAUACAGGGCUACCUGGACAUGCUGCCGGACAUACUUCACGAGAUCUGUCCGGACAUAUCGAAUUUAAUUAACGAAGAAUGGUCGGCGGUGCAGCACUACAUAAAGACGCAUCCCGACUUCGAUCAGUAUUUCUACGAGUGUCCCGAAGACAUACCGUGGAUCGAUUGUGAUUUUGGGGAAAACAACGGCACGAAAAUCCCGUACGACGUGCUGGAGACUCCCGAGGCAGAAACUGUAUUUAAAAAUCACAUAAAUGCUUUACAGCAAGAGCAACGGCGAUUAGAACUUCCGAAAAGGUGGAAGAAACAAUUUAAGCAAUUGUUGGAGGAAACCGGCUAUGUUACGCCUGGGAAACAUUUGUCCGAAGUUAGAGUUUUAUUUAUGGGCCGGGAAUGCUUUGAGGAGCUUUCGCAUCACGACUGUCAAGAAAUUUAUGAUCAGCAUCAGAAGGAAAUUAUCGAGAAGGCAAAACAUAAUUUUCAAGAAUUAUUGUUGGAACAUGCUGAUCUAUUUUAUCACUUCAAGAGUAUAGCUCCAUCCGGAACUAUCACACAGGACGAUAUAAAAGAAAUUACAGACGCGUUACUGGAUGAUUUUAGAUACAAAGCAUUAGACAGAUUAGAUCAGGACAGAAAGUUAAUGUUGUUUCAACAUUUGGGAUUUGUGCAUUGUCCUAUAAGGGAGCAUUGUCCAGCUUAUCCAAAUUGCAUGGACGCGCUUAUAGAAAGAAUACUCGGAACGAAGGCUCACAGACCUUCCUCAUGGAAUCACAGUAGUCAGUGGCAGUUAACGUCCGACAACAAUCAAUUAAAUUUAGUUAUACUCGGAAGUAACGGGCUAAGCGAAGAAUUCGCUCGUGAAAUAAGGGCACAAACCGACGACGACGAAGUGGAAAUCGAUUGUCAACUGUACACUCUCGGUUAUCGCAUCAUAGACGGCGACGUUGGCCUGCCGCAUAAUUCCUUCACUACCUCCGAUUUCAUGCCGCACGGGUCCUUUUGUAUCUACUCGAAUGAAGACUCAUUCGAAUACAUUCGGUCCUCUUUAGAGAAAACCUUGUUAUCGAAUCUAGAACAAGAGGACAGACUACCGUUUCAAGGAUUGCCCAUUGUAAUAAUGUUUAUACCGGAAGCCAGUAUUGAUGAAAUGGAGGCUAUGAAGCUCAGAGAGGAGGGACAAAAUCUCGCCGACAGUUUGCAAUGUCCGUUUAUCGAUGUCUGCAUGGACGAUCUGGAGCAGGAGAAGCAUAAAAGAUUCCCGACUUCGUUGGUAAAGGACGCUUUGCAGCAACUCAUACAAGCCAUAAACCACAGAGCUGGUUUUUUAAACAUAUAUCAAAGCGUUAUCGAAUGUCUGGAGCCUGAUAUUAGGAUAAUAAUGUGUAUGUUCUGCGGCGAUCCUUAUUCGGUCGAGAACGUUCUCGGUCCUUUACUCAAUCAUCAAUGCUGCUUUCUCAGCGGCGAUAGAUCUAUAGUUUUGGAAACGUUUUUGGGAGAAUGUAAGCGCAGAGUCGAAGUCAUUAUCUCGAGUUUUCACGGAGCCAAUGCGUUUAGAGACGAAUUAGUACAUGGUUUUAUACUCGUCUACUCCACAAAGAGGAAAGCCUCUCUCGCGACUCUAAAUGCCUUUUCCACCAACAUACCAAAUCUACCAAUACAAAUAAUGGCUGUGACCGAUACUGGCGGCGCGAAUGCUUUCUUCAGCAGCGACUUGAGUCAUCUACUUAUCACGGAAGGAAACGCGAUUGCGGAUAAACUGGAGGCGCACUUCAUGACAUCUGCGUCGAGCUGUCAACAAAAAACCGCGUUUUACACGCCCUUCUUCAAAGUGGUGUGGGAAAAGAAGCCGGAGAUCGAGCAAGCGUUCAACAUGGAGGAACCGGGGAAUUUGAACGACAGCGGAGAAGGCACCCUCGAGUAUUCGGCGUUGCAUCCGAUGCCGCCGCCGCGACACGAGAGCUAUCACCUUCAAACGCCGGAUGACGGUAUGUCUGUAACUUUUAGGAGCGGCUCCGAGUCGUACGAACAGUUGACGCCCGACGGUGAUCUGGGCGAUACCGGGCUGACCGAACAAUUCGCCGACCACAGAGCCACGCCGAGCGACGACAGUGACAUUUACAGCCAGGUCGACUUCUAUCGUGAGGAGAGGGAGAGAGAUCUAAUGAAAAACGAAGAUAUCACGAAUAAGCUAUCUGGUUGGGUAAAGGACACGUUCAUGCAUCAAGACGGUGUCACUAACAGUUACUCGCACAGAGCUUUCACGACCGGCCGGCGGUACAUCUCCCAGGUGAAGCCGAGGCCGAAAGGCAACAGUCAGACCUUGAAGCAGCCCGGGAAGAUCAAUCUGAAGGACUUUUCCAACGUAACGGACGUGAUAGCCCGGAUGACGAUCGGCGAGAAGGACGAGCACGGCCCGAAACUGACAAUGGGCCACGCUCCUCUCGCCACUCCAGAACUCGUGGACCUUGGCUCCGAGUACGCGCAGGUGAAGGACGUCGUGCCGAACAUGUACUCCUACGACGGCGACUACAUGUACGCCUUGGUGCAAGACUCUAUCGGCAACAACAAGUCCAAGUUGCGCCACCGGCGCGAAAAGGGACAGCCAAGAUCGUACAGCGAUUCCGACUCGGAGUGGAGUUCCUUGGAGAGACAAAGGGCGACGGACGUCCUGGGCAAGGGGAACAAGAAGCCCUCGUCGCACAAACGAAUACGCAAGAAACGCACGGCAAUACCGGUGGCGACGCCGAAAGUGCCGUCACUGGCCAGCAUGGGUAGCGGAGACGGUAUAGUCGGCCUGAAUUACAACAUGAAGGACGAGAAAAAUUGGCGCGUCGAUCCCACGGAGAGAGUAUCUAGCGAAACGCCCGAUACUUCCGAAUCGAGCGAUCCGGAACACAACUCGAGGUCCAGAUCGAAACAAUAUAAAUACGCCGCGGUUAGCUUGCGGAAAAGAUUUUCCGGAAAUUCUCUGCAACAGCAAUACUUACAACACCCGUUUAAUAUGAAACACAUGACGCAGGAGAUGUUCAGCGCCUCCUAUGAUGAAUCAAGUCUCGAUGUCUCCUCGCCGCGCGAAAUUAAUUCUCCCAGUUUUGGUAUAUUGAACAAGUCGAAGGACAGCGACAAGUUAACCCGGAAGAAAGACAAGCAGAAGGCAAAGGAGGACGAAAAGCUGGAGAAAAGGAGGCAAAAGGAGGAGAAGCUCAAGAAACACGCGGAGAAGGAAAAAGAGCGGGAAAAGAAGAAGCAGGAGAAGAUAAAGCAGACCAAAGGCCCGGGAGGAACGCCGAUCUCGAGUCAAUCGCAGCAACCCUUGAUCGAGGAUUUUGCACAGAGCGAAACGAAUCGAAUACCUUUGUUCCUCGAGAAGUGCGUUCGAUUUAUCGAGGACGAGGGACUGGAUUCGGAAGGGAUAUACAGGGUGCCCGGUAACCGUGCGCACGUGGAAUUGCUUUUCCAAAAGUUCGAAGAAGACGGUAAUGUCGACAUACACUCUUUGGAUAUUCCUGUAAACGCUGUCGCUACAGCCCUGAAAGACUUCUUUUCCAAGAGAUUACCACCGCUCAUCGACAAGGAACGCAUGAGCGAACUAGAAGAUAUAUCAGGUGCACGAGGUAUUAGCAAACCUAUGUCAGCUACUUGCAUGAACAUGGAAGACCGAAGCGGGAGAUUGUUGGCCCUGCGCCUGAUGCUCAACAAGUUAAAUCCAGUGAACUUUGACGUUCUCAAAUUUAUCUUCCAGCACUUCGUGAAAGUCGCGGAGAAUUGUAAACUCAACAGUAUGGACAGCAAGAACUUGGCGAUUUGCUGGUGGCCUACAUUACUACCGAUCGAGUUCAACGACCUCGGCAGAUUCGAAGCUAUGAGGCCGUACCUGGAGGAUGUAGUCCAAACAAUGAUCGAUCAGUAUCCUUUCCUGUUCUGUGGCGAGGAAUGCCGCGUGAUGGUGUAGUGACGAGACGCGUUACCUAGCCGUGGAGUGCAUAGUUCUCGUCGUCUGUGCGAAGAGGCUGCAGUAUUUUUUGUGAACAACGGUGGUAGAAGCGGCGCGUCUGGCCGAGACCUCGCAACAGCGCGUCUGCCUCGUGAAACAAUCCGAUAUGAUUUCUUUUAUACGUUGUCGACAGUUGCGAUACACAGGCGUAAAACGAUUGGUCUCAAUAUAGUUUGUAUUAAUACUAAACUUCGCUUUAGCGCACUCUCGUAAUACAACUAAUACAAGUUCCACGUAGGCGCGACGUGGACGAGCAAAGUCUCUGUUUAAGUUUAGUCAUUCGCAUUCGUUCAUUUUCGGAGUGUGUGACAAGCAAGAUUUCCCCUUGCGAAAUCGAUCGACGGUCCUAAGAUGAUGGUUAUUCGCGUGCGCGGAUCAGAUAAUAACGCAAGAAUAAUAAGAGUCAAUCCAUGUGUCAUAACAGUAUGCAUGUAUCAUGUUGGAUGUAUCCAGAGCGAUGUAUUUAUUAACAUUGUACUAGGGAUGUAUGACUCGAUAUUUGAUAAUAGCGAUUAGCUUUAUGUAGUUAAGAAAGUAAGAUCGAUGUUGCUUUCUUUCUAUUCGCUUUCUUUUCGCUCCGUCUUUUCGUUUUCUUUUCUCGUGUCUUCUUGUCCACAUUGCCAAGAACGAAAGUGUUGAGCGCAAAGUGAUGAUAUUAAUGUGGUCUCGUUAAAGAGACUGUUAUUAGUAUUUAAAGGAGGGCGUGUCCAGCCCGCAUUUACGAAAGAAACGUAUAUAAAGCGAGAUUUAUCGUCGAAUAAUAUCUAAAUAUAUAUAUAUAUUAUAUAUAUAUAUAUCUCACAUAGCAACGAUAUCAAAAAUGCCAGAAUUUUUAGCGCGUUUCCUUUUUGGCCAAUGCACAAAUCGCCUCUCGAGUGUAUUUGCUUUUGCAUUCUAUUGAUGUAGAAUAGUCGUACAAGAAUUUUUUAAAUAGUUUUCAUUGUGUCAAGGCCGCGCGAACUCAAACGACGAUACAAUCCGUAUAUUCAUUCCGUCUAAAAAAAUAUUAAGUAAAAACGAAAAAAAGAAACACGAAAAAAAGCGUUACAUGUAAUUGCACAAUAUGUCUUGACAAAUAGCGAUAAUAUGCGUAUGCGAAGGGAAACGGGGCUAGAGAUAAAAAGCAUCUUGACAUGUUUCGCACGCGCAACGUUCGCAAACGCAUACAAAAGUGGAAUCGAAGUAACUUAAGAGAUAUUUAGAGCUACGAACGAUAUUGAAGUUUCUUAAAAACGGAUAUGUACAUAGAAUUCUAACAAUUUAAGAUACGUACGAAGACGUGGGAUGCCAAAUUCAUGGGAACUCUUUUUUUUUCGCGAGAGUAAAAGAGGUCCGUUUUACACAAGGAGCUGACGCUUUGUCGUUCGUACCUUUGCAAAGACAGAAAGUAUUUAUUAACACGCUACCGUCGCGCAUGAGAGAUUCAGGCUUGGCGACUCGAUUGAGGAAGGGAGAAUUGUACCGUCUAACUUUUUACAUUUAAUCGGAAAAAGCGCACACGUUCGGAUACGUCGAUUUAUUUUCUCGCUGUUCGCUUUCGAAUACGCACGACUCCGCGGAUCCGGUGGGUCUCUCAUUUUUCGUAGGUGUGCCAUAAACUUAAACUCGAUGUUAACGAUCGUAAUGACAAGAUGUAUGCCUUUCGGCGGCUCGGCAUUCGAAAGUAAGCGUUCACGCACCGAUCGCGAGUGCACUCGCGAUCGCGGCGCAUUGCCGAGAGAUACUUAAGUGUCGCCUCUGAAUGUUGGAGCCAUUAUAAAUAAGAGAGCGAGGGGGGAAAAGGAAGCGACAGCCACGCGCAUACACGUACACUUUUGUAACCCGAAGAUUUAAUCGCAAACAUUCCCGUAAGGAACGUCGAUGUUACUUUAUAUACAUAUAUAGUAUCGCGAGAGACGCGUUUUAAUCGAACAGAGUCCGUGGUCCCGGGAGUAAAACUCACGAGUAAUAUUGCGAGCUAGGAAUCUCGCAUUAUAGAAGAAAAGGGGAGAAUCUCUUAUUCGAAACGGACCCUCGUGGGAAACGCGCGUCUCGCGUACGCAAUCGUUCUGUAUUUGUACGGAAAUCGUCGUAACGAUAUUUCUACAAUAGACGCGUCUCGCGAGGACGCGCGCGACGGUAGAAAGAAAGAAGGAACGGAUCGUACAUUCCCAUUUAGUCGUAAAAGAAGAGGGGAAAAGCAGAUUUUAUACAUUCGUACGUACGUAAUUGUAUAAUGUUCUUAAAAUAGGGUAGGGAAAGACGUCGAUGCUUCACGUGUGGGAUUUGAAUACUGAAAGACGUCGCGCAACGUCGUAAUCGUGAUUAGCUGGGAGCGCUCGCUUGGGAGAUAUCUCGAUGCUCCUGUUGUCUUUGUCUAUUUUACAUGUUGUCUACUUUACGUGUGUCGAAUGGACAAUUGAUUUAGAGCACUUAGAAAGCUUUCCCGCGAGUAAGAUUAUUUGCACCAGCGUUUUCGUCGUUUAAAGGGUUAAAUUAGCGUGGCCGUCUGAAAAGUAGAGGUGUUUUCUACAAUCUUUUUCAGAAAAACUGAAAACUGAACAUGAGUCGAAGGGAAACUCGUGGAUAGAAGACUGAACGUUCAAAUUUUUCUAGCGCCCCGCAGCAUGACCGUUUUUUUUUGUACAUUCUCUCAGAAAGUUUUGGGACAAGUUAUAAGAGUACGAGAAAGAAUAUUUUUUAAAAGAAAUAUAUUUCCGUAUUUUUAUAUUGCAAAUAACUUAUGAUUUUUAAUUACAUUUAGUACAAUGUAUUGAUAAAAUUGUAUCAAAGAUAUUCUUUUUUAUGUUCUUUAAACUUGUCCAAAUACUUUUGUAAGAGAAUGUACACUAAAACAUCUGCCCAAGAAUAGUUAGCCGGAAUCUGAAUCGGCUGCAUUGUCGUGCAAUGCCCGGCGCUUCAACAUGCUUGUACGAAAGUAAUUGUAACUUAGUUAAUUCUUCGAAUUUCGAAAUUAGCCUCGUGGCAACAUAGUCGUGAAAGUAGAUGCUACAUUUUGAAAUUAAAAAAAGAAACAAUC